AUGGGAUUUUCGCCGCUCUUUCAAAACACUCGUGAACUAUGGAACGAGUGGGAGAUGCGAUUGCUUGUCCUCCUCAGCUUGUUCCUCCAAUUAACCCUUGCAACUCAGGUCAGACGAAGGAAAUUUAUCUUCAGAUAUUGGAUCCAUGUCAUGGUCUGGACGACGUACCUAUCGGCUGACUCCAUUGCGACCCUCAUGCUUGGUAUCCUCUCGAGCCGCCUGGCCAACAUCCAAGAACCAAAGGGGACAACCAAUCCAAAGAGCCAAAUUACAGCGUUCUGGGCGCCCUUCCUUCUCCUCCACUUGGGUGGGGCCGACACAAUCACCGCAUUUGUCCAGGAGGACAAUGACCUAUGGCUAAGGCAGUUGGCACGGCUUUGCAUCCAAGCAGGACUAGCGUGUUUCAUUUACUUCGUGGCCUUGUCAGGGUCUUUGCUGUCAAUGUUAGCAGUGGCUACGAUCCUGGUAGGGUUAAUGAAAUAUGCAGAGAAGAUACUGUGUUUGUUCUUGGCUAGCAAAGGCCAUCUUCAAGAUUCGAUGCUUGUCCUUCCGAAUUUUGCUCCCAUGUACCCCAAGAUAAUGGAGCAGUACAAUCUUAGGGAAGAGGAGGGUUACCGGGUCGAAAUCGUAGAGUUCACAGAGGUUCUGCCUCUGGAUGCUUCCCCAGUGGACAGCGGUCAAGCCUUCGGCAAAGAAGAGGUCAAGAAUCUGUCCAAAGCCUAUAAGUUGUUCAAGAUCUUCAAGCCUCUCUUCCUGGGUUUUAUCCACAAAUUUGGCGACCUGGAUGUCAGUCGGCAUAUGUUCAUGGACGAAGGCAUGGAAUCCUCUGAUGCUUUUCAGAUCGUGGAGAUCGAGCUUGGGUUCAUGUACGAUCUGCUCUACACCAAGGCCCCGUUGCUGAACUGUGCUUGGGGCGUCAUUCGUUGGGUCGUCAGUCUCUCCGUGCUGUGUGCCGUGUUGGUGUUCUUCUACUUACAGGAUAAGAAGGAUUACGCCAAAGUUGACAUCUGUACUACUUUCGUGCUGAUCAGUGUGGCUAUACUUUUAGAGAUUUACUCGCUUCAUCUAGCAAUUGAAUCCAAUUGGGUCGUCCACUGGCGGCUUCAGAGAAUCGGGAGAUCCGCAAUUUCGUCCACCCUGGGUUUUCUUCAGUUCUGCCGGAACCAACGCUGGUCAAAUUCCGUGCCCCAGUUCAGCUUCUUCGAAUUAUCUGUCAGGAAAAUAAACAAUAUCUUCCCCAAGUGUUCGUGGCUCGCCAAGUUGGACGAGAAAUUGGUGAUCUUUUACAUCAGUUACAAAGAGUUCAACGAGAACAUCAAAGAAUGGAUCUUCAGGGACAUAAGGGAUACGGUGAAAACUUUGGAAAGGAACGACAAAUUGAACAACAGGGUGGCGAGUCUCAAGCUCGAGGCAAGUGAAGUAUUGAAGAAGUUAAACCGUGAUGAUCUGAACUGGAGUGUGGAAGCGAUGGAGUUCGACAAGAGUGUCCUCAUCUGGCACAUUGCCACUGAGCUCUGCUACUACAGGGAUCGCAAGAAGAUGCUGGACAGAAGCCGUGAGGAUUUGAAUACAUACAGGAUGAGUAAGUUGGUCUCUCGGUACAUGCUCUAUCUUAUACUGCUCCAUCCUUCCAUGUUGCCAACAGGGACAGGGAUGCUCCAAUACAAAGACAUUUUGGUUGACGCUCAGAUGUUCUUCCAGGGCAAGCUAGCACUGUUGUCUAAGAACCGAGACAGCGUCUUAUUGAACGUCAUCAAGCGGGUAAAGAAAUUAUUCAAGAAAGAGAAACAGUUCCUCCACACCGGUGUUCAAAGCUGUAAGAAGGGGCACAAGUCGAGAGAGUCGCGCGAUGUGUGCGAACUCUGCCAUCUUCUGCUCCAAGGGGAAACUGACCUCUGGGAGGAGAACUUGGGCAGUACCAAAAGCGGGUCGGUGCUGUUUGACGCGUGCCAUCUUGCAUCCCAGUUGAAUAAUGGGGAUCUUGGUGACCUCAGCAUGAAAUGGGAUUUGAUCGGCAAGGUCUGGGCAAAGUUACUGAUAUACGCGGCUUGCCAAUGCAAAGGCUACGAACACUGCGAUAGCCUGAGCAGAGGAGGAGGAGAGCUUCUCAGCCAUAUUUGGCUUCUCAUGGCGCAUCUCGGCGUAGCGGAGGUAGUACAAACUUUUAAACCCCACCGGGCUUAUACACUGAUCAAAAACUAG